GAUUUGGUUCUGAACAUUGAGGCUAACAGGACUUCAUAUCUUUUCUAAAUAGCUGUAACAUAUUUGAAACCUUGGAUCAUACAUUUCUUGUGCAGAAUGUCCGGAGGAGACGAUUUGGUCAAAUUGGACGACCUGGUGAAGAAGUACGUCACGAGUGGCGAAAUGCCCGACAUCAAGGAGAAACUUAAGCGCAUACCAAAGGAUUCACUGGAUAUCAAAAUCAACUGGGAUCGGGUGACAUUUGAAUCAAAGGAGGCAAAAUUCCCUAAAUUGCCGGAUGAUAUUGAGAGUUUUGCAGAUUGUAGGAUCUUACAUACCCAGGACUUUGUUAACAAUACUUGUACGGAGCAGGUUUACACUUAUAAAACUUCCAGAAGGAGACUUUCAGCCUGUGAGAAAACGUAUGAAGAAGGGUAUACGAUUGGUAAGAAUGUUGGCGUGCAGAUCAAGGUGCCUGGGUCAGUCCUGGAGGCGAAUGCUGGUCUAAGCAAGGAGCUGUCGUUAAUGGAAACUGAGAGAUUUCAAGAGGAGGACGACAUAAGCUGGGAAGUGGAGAGCCAGAUUCGAGUGUCGCCAAAGAAUCGCACAAUUGCGGAACUCACUAUCAGUGAACGACACUACUCUGUCCAUUUUGAAGUAGACUCGACCUUAAAGGGUCGAGUGAUGGUGGAUUACAAGAACUUAUCAAAUGGCCAAGUUUUCAGCAGCGGUAGUACGCAGAUUGCUGCGAUUAUUAACUAUGCAAUUGAGAAGGAACUAUUAAAGAAGGACCAGUUCGUCAUUGAAGAGGAUUUAGUUAAUACUCAGUUCAAGGGGAUUUGUAAGUUUAGCAAGGGGAAGACUGACAUUAAACUAACUGAAAGACCAUUGACGGCUAAUGAGCUCCAACAGGAAUGAUGACUGUGUGAAGUAUUAAAAUGUAUAUGAACUCGGUAGGAGAAGAUAGAUGGCAUCACCUGUAAAUGAUCUAAACUGUGGUAGCAUCUUUCAUAUAAGAACCGUACACCACAGCGACUUAAAAGUUUGACGUUUAGAUUCUCCAAGGACAGCACUACCUGUAGCUUUAUUGUGAUCAUUACGUGGUACAUAGUUCUUCAAAUCUAAGUGUCUGUUCUCAAAAUCGGCACUCAGGUUUAAAGCAUUCAAUGACUCGACUUCGUCGUUGGUUAACAGGUUAUAUCAUCUCAAUUCAGCAUCACCUGAAGUUUGCGAAACAGUAAUGCGUUAGACCGAUACUUUGACAUGGUCAUGCGGUGAUCAGACCCAACUAGGAUUUGUUGUUUCAGAAUGGGACUUGUUGUUCCUGUCCACUUUGCGGCAUCUUAAUGAGAACAAACGACGAAUUUAAGUCAAAUUUGUUUUUAUU